CCGGGCGCAGCCAAUCGCAAGCGACGAAAGAAUAAGUAAAAUAAUAAUAGCAAGAAGAACCUACCGCUAGCGGAGGUAUAAAAGAGACUGCCAUCAUCGACGGAAAGCAUUAGUUUCGUUUCGUCCGUAAUCGAGCACAGUAGCAAACAGCAACAAUGACUGGCCGUGGCAAAGGAGGCAAAGGACUCGGAAAGGGUGGCGCCAAGCGUCAUCGCAAGGUUUUGCGUGAUAACAUCCAAGGUAUCACUAAGCCCGCCAUCCGCCGUCUGGCUCGUCGUGGUGGAGUCAAGCGCAUCUCCGGUCUCAUCUACGAGGAAACCCGUGGUGUGUUGAAGGUGUUCCUGGAAAAUGUCAUCCGUGAUGCCGUCACGUACACUGAACACGCCAAGCGCAAGACCGUUACCGCCAUGGAUGUCGUCUACGCUCUGAAGCGUCAGGGACGUACCCUGUACGGUUUCGGAGGCUAAAUUGCAUACGCAUUGCCCCCCUCCUCUCUCAAAACGGCCCUUUUCAGGGCCACCAAACACAUUCCCCAAAGGAGUUGAAGCUAGAAUAUUUUCUGUAGCCCUGUAGCUCGAGUAUCAUGUAUAUUGGUGGUUGAAAUAAAUCGUAACAGCAGUGUUAGUAAGUGGAUGGUUGGAACGUUUCCGUUUGCUUUGCUCAGUGACAGUCAUUGGGAUAAACGCGGCUACGCAUUCCGUCACAUCCGCAAUUCGAUUCGUUUCGAUAGAUGC